AGUUACAGCUUCCUGAAAACUUUUGUUCCUAUGCAUAAAGAUGUCUUUGGUGGACUUGGGGAAGAGGUUGCUAGAAGCAGCAAGAAAAGGCCAAGAUGAUGAAGUGAGAACAUUGAUGGCAAAUGGUGCCCCAUUCACCACAGACUGGCUUGGAACAUCACCCCUCCACCUUGCAGCGCAGUAUGGCCAUUAUUCCACAGCAGAAGUGCUCCUUCGAGCAGGCGUUAGCAGGGAUGCCCGGACCAAAGUGGACAGGACCCCCUUGCACAUGGCUGCAGCUGAUGGACAUGCACACAUCGUGGAACUCCUCGUUAGGAAUGGUGCAGAUGUGAAUGCCAAGGACAUGCUGAAGAUGACAGCUCUGCAUUGGGCCACAGAGCACCACCAUCGAGAUGUUGUAGAGCUACUUAUCAAAUGUGGAGCUGAUGUCCAUGCUUUCAGCAAGUUUGAUAAAUCUGCCUUUGACAUAGCCCUGGAGAAAAACAAUGCUGAGAUUCUGGUCAUCCUUCAGGAAGCAAUGCAGAACCAGGUGCAUGCUAAUCCCAAGAGAGCCAACCCUGUGACUGUGACCCCCCCAUUCAUCUUCACAUCUGAAGUUGUCAACCUUGCUAGCCUUGUUUCUUCAGCCAACACCAAAACAACCUCAGGUACCCCUCAUGCUUCCUCAGCAGUACACUUCUCAAAUUCUACCACCUCAGUGCUGGCUACCCUUGCAGCUCUUGCUGAGGCAUCAGUCCCCCUCUCCAACUCACACAGAGCCACAGUUAAUUUAGAGGAAAUCAUAGAAGGAAAUUUUGUUGACUCAUCAGUCCAGCAAGUGGUGGGGAGUGGAGGCCAGAGGGUCAUCACCGUAGUGACUGAUGGAGUCCCUCUGGGUAAUAUCCAAACUGCAAUCCCUACUGGAUGCAUUGGUCAGCCAUUUAUUGUAACUAUGCAAGAUGGACAGCAAGUUCUAACUGUACCUGCUGGUCAAGUUGCAGAGGAGACUGUAAUUGAAGAAGAAGAGGAAGAAGCAGAGAAGUUGCCACUGACUAAAAAACCAAGGAUAGAAGAGAUGAUAAACAGUAUGGAGGAAAGCAAGGAGGGCACUGAAAGAGAGCUAUUACAGCAGCAGCUCCAGGAGGCCAGUCGAAGAGCACAGGAAUACCAACACCAGCUCCUAAAGAAAGAGCAGGAGGCAGAACAGUACCGCCUAAAGCUGGAGGCCAUGGCCCAACAACAGCCCAAAGGAGUUGAUUUCACCGUGGUUGAAGAGGUGGCUGAGGUAGAUGCUGUAGUAGUCACAGAGGGGGAGAUAGAAGAGAGAGAGAUGGAAGUGACUGAGGCAGGAGAGACCACAGAGCCUCAUACUGGAGUUACCGUGGAAACUGUUCCAUCUUAAUGUGCAAGGGCUACAACUUGUACUUUGUCCAUCUUUUUUUCUCUUUUUAAAAGAAAAUACAGAGGACAAGCAUUAUAUAAAAAUUAAGACUGUUCUUAAGAAGAAAACUAUAGCAGGGUAUUAUGGUUGGGCUCAGGAAGGCUCUCUAUGCAACUGGAAAAUUCAAAGCCAAAUUUAGGGAACACUUCUUCUGAGGAACCAAAAGAAGGACCAAAUUUCUCAGCUCACGUCAUUGCUUUAAGCAUAGGGGUGAAAGAAUGCUGAUGUUAUGGGUUGAUCGUUUUUUAAAUAACUAACUUUAUAUAAAAAGAUUUUAGGAUAACAUUCCUAAUACAGACACCCAGAGACGUUAAUAAUUGUACCAUUAAGUGACCUGAAAAUUUUCCUCAGAUGUAUGAACCUGUUAGAGAAGAAAAUUAAUUAGGAGGGGGUUAGAAGCAAACUUCUGGGAAGAGAAAGGAAUGUAUUCCACUUGCAAAGGAACAGGCACUCCCCACUAUCCUGAGUGAGUUUCAAUGAAAAGAAAUUUGUGGUUGUCUUGACUAAAUUUGCUUCCAUGUGUCCAGAGCUCUAAUGCCAGUUUGAGAAACUGACAGAAUUUUUAAAAACUGGAAGGGAAAGAAAACUUUCGUUUAUGUGGGAGAAGUGUAUGUAAAUCCAAAAUCCUCCAUACUGUGUUUCCACAACGUUGGAACGUGGUCAAAAAGAGGCUUGCAGGGUUAUAAAACAAUCUGGUCUUGAAAUACAAACUUUGCUAUGGCUGAAUUUUAUAAAAUUGUAAUCAGGAGAGUAGUCUGUUAUUAGAACAACUUGCUUCCAAACAUUUAUUUAUAUAAUACCAAACUUUAAUACCAAAAUUUUGCUGAGUUUUCUAAGUGUGUCCUUUCUGUGGAGCCUACAUGGUUUGCUUUUAUAUGCAAAAAAAAGAAAGAAGGGAGGAGAAAUGAGUGCUGAGGAUGUUGUGUAGUUCUGUGUCCAUUUGAUAUGGGAUGACCUAAUUGCUCUGUUUCCUUAGGUCAGGCCUGAGCAGAGCUUUUGUGCCUUUUAGGUGUUCAGUGUGUGUUGGCAAAGGGAGUAGGAAUUAUCAGUGCCAUAAAGUAAGGAACUAAAGAUUCUGGCCAAAUACUUCACCUCCCUUACACCCUUUCUCUCCCAUUAUUCCUGCUCCCUGUGGCUAAGCACUUGUGGAAAGUGUUUCAUUGCUGGGUUUUCUUUGCAAAACUCCAGCUUGGAGUUUUUUCAAAAGAAGGAGAAUAUGGAUAGAAAGCAGUUGUGGAUAGGUAACAUCACAGAGGUUAUCACCUUUGAAAUUGGGUUCUUGUCAUUCUAGACUUGCUUGCUUGCUUUGUUGUAAAUUAGAAGAAGAAACCAGAGGGAGAUGUGCCAAGUAAACAUUUGAAUGACUGUUUAGAAUAUGGUUUUCUCAAUUAGUGAUCAUGGGGAAAACAUUUUUAAUUUGGAAUAAAACUUGACGGUUAACAUGGUUCUUUUUACCUUGAUUAGCGAAGUAAUUUGCUGCAGUUUUCCAGAGUUACAGAAUCAUUUGGGACUCAAAAUAUACUGAAAACCUAACUCCCCAAACCAAAUUUAACAAGUGGAAUUGUCUAUUAGAGGCUUCUAGGUAAGAAUAUCAGUUCUUUGAAAUUAAUCUUGGCUAUCAGCCACCUUAGCUAAGUUUUCUCCAUGGACUUAAGUACUGAUGAGCAGAUGAUCAGAGAUUACUCUGGGCUGUUGGAGAUGACAGAGAAAUGCAGUGAAGGAGCCUAGGUAAGGAUGAGGGUCAAAUUAUGGUUUCUGAUGUCAAAUCAUCUUGUUUCUGUUUUGUUGUUUUUCUCUUUUUAGGUCCCUUUGUGAAUCAGGUGCUAAUGAAAAGCUGCUAUUGUGUGUUAUUUCAGAGCCUUAGCUUAACUAUGGAGGGACCAAGUGUCAUUUUAGAUGUGUUUUCUUAUGUUCUUGGUAUGUUUUUAUAUAUCAGUUAUUAUGUAUCAAUCCUGGUUAUGUUCCUACAUAUCAAUUUUAAUUUGUUUUUUCCCCUUCUUUCCUGUUAAAGGGGUAGAGGUUAACUCUGCAGAAGAUAUCCAGGCCCAAACACCUCACUGUCUGGGAUAGUUUCUGUUGGGAGACAUGAAGUUUCUACCCAACAUUCCCUUCUGAGCAUGCAGAGUUCCUACUAUUUGGGGAACUGUUUAGAGGUUCUUAUUAUUCUCUUUCUGCAGGAGACUAUCAUUCCCACCCAAAAAAAUAUCUAACAUAGCUCAAGUCAUUUUUGAUAAUGGGGUCUCUGAGAUAGGGAGUUAAAGGGAAGGUUAGGUUAGGGAGAGCAGAAAGGGAAAGAUCUGGAGUGGAAUGGGUAGCAAAAAGGCGUUUGUUUUUAUUUUCUUGGAAUAGACCUUUUAGCAUCCCAGAGAAGAGAAAUGGGAUUUGUUCUCCAGUUGUAUUGCUAUAGAGAGAAUGGUAGGUCAGGAUCCCUUAAAGUAAUUAGAAGUUAAAUAUUAAAUGUAUUAAUGGCAAUACCAUUUUGUGAUUUUGCAUAUCUUUCUGGAUCAGUCAUGGAAUUUCCGGAAAUGUUGCUGGAUCUUCUGGGUUAGGGGAUUCCAACUGGCUUAUUGGCUAGAUUGUAUUACACAGAAUCAACAGUAAGUGGUUCAGAGUUGGUAUUUUAGCAGUACCUUGAGCAAACCUGGAGCCUAGGAUGAUUGCCUAGUUUCAAAUAAAGCUGCAUUAACAAUAUCAGUAUAUCAAUAUAGGAAUUGUAGUCUCUGUAUUAGUAUUUUAGUCUUAAGCUUUUGCCCCCCACACCCCAGAAAAGAGAAAGAAAGAAAUCUUAAUAUUUCUGUCUUGUUCCUGGCUUCAGGGAAAUUACUUAUAAAUGUAUAAUUGUACAUUCCCUUCCUAUCACUACCUCUGUGGGAUCUCUUAAUUAUACCAGAGUUGAGGUCUCUUAAUUGAAGUAUUGGGAGAACUUGGCUUUAUGUUUUCUAUAUUUUGAAUUCAGUGCCUGAAAAGAUGUUAUUUUUUGUGUCAAAUCUGUGUUUUGUUAUUUUUGUUUUGCCUUUCCCCCAUCUUCAUCCUUACCAUUACAUUCUUAAAAUGUUUGUGUCUGCUCAAUAAUGUUAGAAAUUUGUGGCAUACAAAAUAACUUUUUUUAUAUUAAUAUAGAAGAAAUUAAUUUACCAGAGGGCUGUCCAGUUGAAGUUAGGUAUUGUGUGACUAGAGCAUUUUUAAUACCCCCUUCCUGGAUGUAUAUUAGUGUGUAUGUGUGUAAAUACAUACAGAUUUUCCUUUUCUCUUUGUUUAUUUGAGGUUAUUUGUGGUUGUCUUGACUAAAUUUGCUUCCAUUUAAAAGUACCUGGUAUAACCUGGAAAUAUUUUUAUUUUAUUAAACACAUUAGAGAGGAUUUAUUUGGAUUCACUAAAGGAGCUAAGGAAGAAAAGGCAUCAUUUGGCCCUUUUCUGAGAGGUGUGCUUUAAUAGGCAAUAAUGAGAAACCUGAGGAGUGAGGCCCCAGGGAGAACCAGUACCUGGCAUUACAGAUAUUUGUUUAGCACACAGUAUGAUGACACCAUGUAAGCUGAAAGGUUAGAGCAAUGGUGGAUAGAGAUGCAGCUGCCCUUCCAUAGAGCAAGCCUCCUUCCACUCCUAUGGCAGCUAUUUUGACUGGCACUUGUAAAAUUUCUUACACCUCUGAACAAGAAAUCAACUCUAGAUAAAGGGCCAUCAUAAAGGAGCAUCUACUUUCUCAGUUUAUAAAUCUCAUACUUUUGAGAAAUUAUCAUUUUUAGAAAGUUUGUGUGGCACUCUCCUAACUCACAUUAUGGAUCUUCAGAGCUAGAUUUGAGACAUAUAGCGAACUCUUCCCAUAAGUUUAAUAUUGAGAAAUUUAAUACCAGUUUUUGUCCAAAUUUAUUGGAGAAUGGCCUCUAUUCUCUAUUCCUUGUGCAGACAUUUCUGUAUGGCCAAUAAAGGAGCUUUAGAAUGGAAUACAUGUCAAGACCACCUAUAUUCUGCUCUAGGUUCUUACAUCUGUUUCCAUUUUAUGUGAUGAAUAUUUUCCCCUUCUGAGUUAGCACUCUAUUUCCUAUGCCAAUAUAUUUAACAAGAAACUAGGAGCAAGAAGGAUGUUAAUGGUAACUCAAAUUAAGCAGCUUUGAGCCUCUGCUACUGACCUUUUUUUUUUUUUGCCUUUUUGCCUCUCUGGAACUAGGGGGUAGGGUGACCUUCCUUGACUUUACAGUAGCAUUUGGCUUGUUAAUGGCAGGAAACGGUGAUUCCCUCUCUCUCUCUCUCUCCUCCCCUUUCCUCUCUAACUUACUUCUGCUUCUGUGACCCCAUUGUUCUUAUCUCAUUGCGUCUUUGCCAGGCAUUAGGAGAUUUAAUUAGUAGGUCAUUUCUGAUAUAUGGGCCCUCUUUUUCCUCUUUCCACUCCCCUCCUUCCCUACUAUAUAUUUUCUAUUUAUUCUGAAGUGUUUUGUAUCUGAGAAUUAAUCUGUGUCUCACCCUAUAUUCUGUGCUUCCUAGUUGGUUUCAGGCAUCUUGCUCUAUCAGCAAUGAUAGCAGCUCCCUUCUCUGGCUUUGCCCUGUGGACCGUCCUUAUGCUAAGGCCAUUUGUGUUGAUGGGGGAGAGAAUGUGAAAGGGUGAGGCACCUAGAUUCUUUUAAGAAUGCCCUCAGUUUUUCAGGUUGCUUGACAGCUUUACAUUCAGUGCGUUUUAGGAAAACUUAAAUACACUUCUCUUUUUUAUUUAGGAUUUUAAUAAAACAAGGUUUGAUUCUGAUGAGCGAAUUUGUGUGUGUGUGUGUGUGUGGGUGAGCAUUUGUAUGUGUAUCCACAUAUACAGAUCUUUAUUAUAUAUAAAAUUUUUGUACUAUCAUUUAAAAUAAAGAUGUUUCUUAAUAAAAUGUCAAAGUCUUAACA